AGGAGAGGCGGCCAAAGAAAUAAUUGGUUUUGGGGGUGACUAGAGAGACAUGUUGUAUAACUAAAUCUAAACGGUUUCCCUUUUUUUCUGUGGCUAAAGCCUGCCUGACUGCUGCUUUCUAGAAAGCAAUAUGUACUCAUGUUAACCGUAAUUUUCCCCCUGCAUUGAUCUGCGCUGCGUCUUCUGUGGAUUGUAUAUGGCGGUUGGCAACCAUCUGGAUUAGAGUGUUGGCUCUGCUUCGCUAUUGGUAGAACUAGAGCGAAUAUUAACAACAAGGGGGUGGUAGUCUACUUGACUGCCGUACGGCGGGAAGUUGGUUAAACCCGGCAAUGUUGAUAAUACUGUAGCUUUAGUCACUGCUCCCAGCAUACCGCUAGUGCUGUUCGAGUUAGGUUAUAGAUUUCCAGGACGAAAAUGAGUCUUCAGCUAUAACUAAUUAAUCAAGAUGAAUUUCCGCAGUUGUCUGAGUGUCGCAGUCAUCUGGUUGCUGUCUUCCAGCCAGUCGAGCUCAGUGCUACACUCAGGUAUACGUUAUCUUAGUGUAACCAGAGGAGGGUCCGUAACUAUACCAAUAACUGACGGCCAAUGUCCUGAGUCGGACUUCGGAUUAUGUACAGAGAGAAAAGGCCCAGUGGUCACUUAUGAGAACAACGUGAUCACCGAGGGGCCAAAUUAUCUGGGCAGGAUCCAGCUGAUGAACGACUCCAAUGGCUGUGCUGUUGUAAUUCACAAUGUAACCGAAGAAGAUACAAAGACAGUUUAUUAUACAGACGCUGGUCUUCCAGGUCAACUGAGAAUUGUACUUGAAAUGACAAACAUUACUGAGAGUUCAACCACUACAGCAGCCCCACAACCAUCUACAACCACACGAGGAGGUAGCACUGAGAGUCUGACCACCACCGCAGCCCCACAACAAUCUUCAACCAUACCAGGUCUACUUGUGGAACAUCUUGCUGGGCUGGUACCAGUAGGCGGGCUGGUGGUGGUGGUGGUGGUGGUAUGCAUCAGGAUAUGUAAAAACAAACAUUUGAAGGAAGAACCUACCUUGGCUGAGCUCCGAGUUCUAAAUUAAAACACAUCAAUGGAACAAUGAAAAUGAUAUCUUGUUACUAAGGCUGGCCAGACAAUCUGGACCCUCUCUUUCUAAAACUCUCCUCCGCCAUUGUUGCAACCCCUAUUACCAGCCUGUUCAACCUCUCUUUUGUAUCGUCCAAGAUCCCUA